GGAAGAGGCUGGAAGGAAAGGCACAUUCCACUGUGGCUCUGCAUUCCACUCCUUCCGUGGGCCCCGCAGUGACUCUGCCUUCUGUGCGUCCAGCCUGGCUCCCUCUCCCAUCUCACUGCUGCAGAGUAGGCCAAAUCCAAAUCCUGCCCAGGGCGGGGCUCCGCUCAUCACAGUCCAAGCCCAAGUGCAGCAGAGUGCAGAGGACUCCACUCGGUCAGCAGCAGCACAGGACUCAGCAAACAACACAGUGCGGAGAGGAUGCUGGUCUCGAGGCCCAAGGCGCUGCUGCUUCUCACAGCACUCCUCGUCCCCUCUGGCUGGACACCCCCGGGCGUCAGUGGUCAGCGAGGAGAUGACGUGACUGAAGAAACAUUCACAGAUGAUCCUAAUCUGGUGAAUGAUCCGUCUACAGAUGAAACAGUUCUGGCUGAUAUCGAGCCUUCCACAGAUGACCUAGCUUUGACCAGUGAUAAAAAUGCCAGUGCAGAUGAGCCCUGCCCUAAAAGUCACUGGGGAAAGAGGAGACCAUGGUGAAUGAUCCCCAAACCUUCUUUUUCUCCUACCUCUGAACUUUAUUAAGUGGAUAAUAGACUGUAAAUAAAAUCAGUUUGAUGGCAGAGACUCAUGUUACCCUAAACAUUACAGGUAUAAGAUAUAUACCCUAUAUAUACAGAUACAAGACGCACUGAUCAUUCUGAUCUGCAGCUGGGGUGGAAACAGCUGGAAGAGCACAGAGAGGCCUGCCAGGAACGCUCAUUCUCCAGAAUGAGAUCAUCAGUCUUUCGGUUUAAUAUUUCCGACUGCACCUGAAUAAUCUUAGAAAGCCUUUUUUCCUAGAAGAGCGCAUAGAGAUUAUUUUAUGCUCUUCUGCUUGAAGGUAGGGAAGCACCUAAAUUUCAUCUGAGUCAGUUUCUUCUUCUGCUGCUUUUGGUGAGCGGGGAGCACACGCCCCCGGCUGUGUGGCCCUCUGUGGUGACUGCUGGGUGUUUCUCCCCCUCUAGCUCCUUUCCCCCAGCCUCUAAGCCUCUGUUUCUGCUGCCCGAUUUUGAUCUCCCUGUGUUUUGUGCUGGGCUCCCGCAGAGUGCCGAUGAAAAAUUCGCUUGCACAAGACUGUACUCCGUGCACCGGCCAGUCAGACAGUGUGUCCACGAGGUCUGCUUCACUAGUGUACGGCGCACGUACAUCAUCAACAAUGAGAUCUGCUCCCGGCUUGUCUGCAAGGAGCACGAGGCCAUGAAAGAUGAGCUGUGCCGGCAGAGGGCAGGUCUGCCCCCAAGGCGACUCCGUCGCUCCAGCUACUUCCGACUUCCUCUCUGUGACAAUGCGGAUUCGCAGUGACCUCUGGAGUGUGAUCAUCAAGGAAGAAGAAAGCCAGAACUGGGAAUUCUGCUUCUCCAUCUGCCGUCAGUUAAUCCGGAGACAUCAAUGUUUCCUAAAUCAGUCUUCCUAUAGUGUCUAGCUGUUGCCUCUAAAUUUUCAGAGUCUGAUGACAUUUAUCUCAGUUUUCAGUACUUUUUUUUUGUGGUACUGGGGAUUGAACUCUCCACCUCACACUUGCCAGGCAGGCGCUUAUGCAGCUGAGCUAAAUCUCCAGCCCUAAUUUUCAGUACUUUAAAUGUUAUUGUUACAUAGCUUUGCUGCUUCCCAAAAUCAAUCAUAGGCAUAGUGGAUACAUGAUGACCUCCUGGCUGAUGGAGAAACAUUCUGCAUACUGUUUUCAGAAGAGAAUUUUAUAGAUAUAUAUAUAUAUAUAAAAUGGUGCUAAGAAUUGAACCCAAGACCUCACGAAUGCUAGGCAAGAGCUCUAGGACUGAGCUAAAGCCCCGGCCUUUUAGGUUAAUAAUCUUAACCAUUAAAUGUGUUGGACAGAGAUCUUAGGUGGAAGUGCUAUUCUUGCCUAUUUUGGCUGGCCAUAGAGCUUCACCUAUUUUGCAUUUCUGGCUCCUAGGUCAACCUCCCAUCAUUCCUCCAUAUUCAUUUUAAAUGUUUAGCUUUGAUUGUCCUAACUUUUGCCUGGUAGGUCUUUUUUAGGAGAGGGAAGAUGGUAAUUUUUGUGGUCCUAGGAGACUGUCCAACACAGCCAAGGAUUUUAUAAUCUUACAUAAAUACAUGAAGACUUAGGAUGGCGCUCUGUGGGGCUGGGGAUUUAGCUCAGCGGCAAAAGCGCCUGUCUUGCAAGCAGGCAGUCGUGAGUUCGAUCCCCAGUACUGAUAAAAAGGAAAAAGACAAUAAAUAAAUAAAUAAAUGAAGGAUCGCACUCUGCCACACUUCGAGGCUGGGCUAAAGAGAGAGGCCAAUGCUGGUUAUAGAACUUGCACUCUUAAUUCCAGUUUGUCAUGCCUUUGUCCCAUCAAGAAGUGGGAUAGGGAGUGAAGCCUGGUUUUCUGAUUCAUGUAUUAUUCAUUACUAUCAUUAUUAUUAUUAUCAUGUAUUAUUAGUAUUCACGUGCUGCGGGUGGCCUCCUCCACCAAGCAAGUUAAACUUCUUUUGAGACUGCACCCAUGUUUCUGACUUCCUUCAAACUGUGCUUGUUCCCCAUCACCACUUCCCCCGUGCACAGGUACAGCUUCCUGUGCCAGUGCCUUCUAGAAUAUUCUGACUGGGUCCUAAGAAGGGAGGAUGGAUCCAAACUUCAAUAUGCAAGCAGAAAACUUAUCUAAUGUUUAAAAUGAAAGAGGAAAAAAGUCACUUACCUUGGCUCUCUCAGUAACCAUGAAGCCUCAGGUAGAGCUGUAUUUUUCUGAUGAGCCUUGGUUUAAUUUCCUCAUAUUUUGUUUUAAGGGUUUCAUUCUAUGAAUCUCUGGGUUUGGAUGCACUGGAGCCUACAUAUGCUGUCACCAACCACAUUCACAGCAAGCCUGCAUGCUUGCUUUGCCCUAGGUAUGGACAGCAGUCCAGCAACGCAGCCAGUGCAGUCCUGGGGUUGAACCCAGGGCCUCCUGCAUGCUACACACUCUGCUGCUGAGCUACUUUCCCUGCCACCAAAAUCCCAUUUUAAUAAAUGACAAGCAUUUACCAUGAACUCUUCCUUCUGAAUAAUAAAAACUUUCCGUAAAAGCCAGUGGAAUUCACAUGGGAACUAGGAGACAAAGGUUACAUGUGACAGUGGGGGUUGGAUUCCUCUCUGUAGCUGAAAAAACUAGUGAAAUGAGGCUCAGAUUCUUUGUUUCUUUCUUUCUUUCUUUUUUUUUUUUUUUUUUUUUUUUUUUUUGUGUGUGUUUUUCAUUUUUAUCGGUACCAGGGAUCGAACUCACAACCACCUGCUUGCAAGGCAGGUACUUAGGCCGUUGAGCUAAAUUUCCAGCCCCCUCUUUUUUUCUUUUAUGGUACUGGCAAUUGAAUGAAGGCAAGGACCUUACCAAGGAUUUGCAUCCUCAGCCCUUUUUAAUUUAAUUUUAUUUUUUGAGAUAGGAUGUCAUUAAAUUACCCAGGCUGGCCUCUAACUUUCAGUCCUCCUGCCUCAGCCUGCCAAGUAGUAGGAAUUGUAGGUAUGUGGCAGGACACCUGGCAAUGACUGGAUACUUGCUGUUGAACAAUUUACAGCCUGGAGCAAUAGCUCAGAGAUAGAGCACUUGUCUAGCAUGAGCAAUGCCCUGGUUUUGAAACCCAGUAUGGCAAAAAAAGGGAAGAAAUAAUUCAGUUUAAUGAGAUUUGCACGACUGAUAAAAGAGAAAAACUCUCUGCUCCACGUAGUAUCUAGAAUUAAAUAUAUUCAUACACAAAUAUAUUAAAUGGAUAUUAUAGCUUCUACUGAGAGACACCAUGGGCACAGAUCUUCUAAGAAUUAUCUUAAGAGUGUUCAAAAUGCUCCAAAUUUGAAGUAAUAAGGAGAUGGAAACAUUAAUUUACCUGAAUUGAACAGUGCCUAUUGUAUACAUGUAUUGAAAUCUGUACACGUACUUCAUAAAUAUAUACAAUGAUUACAUGUUAAUAAAAAUGUAAACAAAGUGUUUAAUAAAGUGUUUAAUGUGAUGGAAA